AUGACUACUAUGGGGGAGCCUGCCUUUGGUGGCGGCCAUAAUUUCCCUCAAAGUGCUGGCCACUCGAGCAAUAGAGCUUCAGAUAUUCCUUGGACACCUUACAGUGCUGUUUCAUCAUUUAAUCUUCCGGCUCAUUACGAUUCAUCUUUAAUCACCCCUAUUACAAUGGCGCCAUCGCCAAAUAUCUCUUCAAGGCCAGCACCCACAGUCAGAGACAGAGAUAUCAAAUUAUCACCAUCCAUGGAAUCCCCAGGUUAUCCACUUUUUGGCGGGGGCGAGGACGACUUCGGGUCAAGACUUGAUGCCGCACCCAUGAAACAAAAACAACCAAGUUCCAAUAAUUCAAAGAUUCCCACCAGCGAGUCCAACUAUCCCAUUCCUCCUGUCCUUUACGAUAAUAACCCAUUUUUUGGUGCAUUUGGAGUUUCUUCUACCCCAAAAUCUGGACGAUCAGCCGAUUUGACAUCUCCAAAUAUGAACACUAGCCCUCGAAAUACAUCUUCAAAUGCCAUGAAUGCUAAUCUAAAAACAUCACGUCAUGCCACACCGGAUCAAAGUCCUGGAAGCUACAAAGUAAAUAACUCCGCGCCAAUAUUAAUCGCUCCCAACCCAAACACAAUGCGGCCUGCAACCAGACCUGGAGAUGUGCCAUACAGGGACGGUUUGUCCUAUGGUCGUCAUGAUUCGAUGAAUUCUAUGCAUUCGAUUUCCACGUCAAUGACUUCCUAUCAUUCGACACCACAUCACCAUUCCGAGCAACAAGUUGCCCCGCUGCCUGCUCGAAGGAAGAGAAAGACUCCUCCCACACAAAUGGAUGGGGAAAUUAGUUAUUCGGGACCGAUUAACCACGAGGAACAAGUUCUCAUGCAACUUUCAGAAGUCGAUGGCCUUCCUUGGAAAGAAAUUGCCAAAGAGUUCAAUGCGAGGACGGGCAAAAGCAUGAAAGUGCCAGCUCUGCAAAUGCGCAAGAAGAGACUAUGCGAACGUCUCCGUAUUUGGACCGAUUGCGAGGAGCGAGCUUUGACACUUGCUUGGGAAGACUACGAUAGAGCGAAAUGGGAAGAAAUCGCGAAAGGCAUGAUGAGGCACGGAGUCCAAGAGAAAUGGAGCAAGGAAGCCGUCCAAAGGAAAUUCAACGAAAUGUUCCCUCCCGACGAUCGAUCAUACGGACCAUCAGACUAUGCACUAUCUAGGCAUGCCGAGGACAUGCAAUACGAAGUGAAGAUGGAACCACGAACACCAUGGCCAAAUCACGAUGAGAGAGAUAGUGAAAUUCACAGUCUCACGGAUGAAGAGCAAGCAUUUGUAGAUGAGUUGAGGAGUGAAACUGCAAGUGAUGCCAGUUCGCUCCAUUUUCAACAGCAUCAACACCAAGAGAUCAUGUAUGCACAACGACAUCAGCAGAAUCAUCAGGAGGUGUGGGCGGGAAACUAA